GAGAGAAUUAAAAUGAUGGCUAGGGACCCCUAAUCCCCCCAAAAAACACACCCAGGGUGAAUUCCCUGGGAUUUCUUUGGCCAGGGUACCCUUUAUUUACUUCUCUUGCCUUACAGCACUGGCUGUAACUUGUAGCAGUCUGUUGAGUAACAACCAUGAGGGUCAACUUCCUUACCUUGCUCUCGGUUUAGAACUGGAACCGAAGAAGCCAGAAACACAAAUAGUCAAGGACAAGAGCCACCCCCAAAGUCCUCCUUGGCCAAAACAACAGAAAAAUGCAGACCAAGAUAAAACUGUUAGCUAUAACCCCUCUACUCCAAUCAAAUGCCCAACAACAGCAUGCCAUCCAAGGCAGAGUGGGCAGCAUAGACUCCUACCUUCCCCAGGGUGCAAUAAAAUUCUUCAGACCUCCUGAUGGGAUGGUCUCAAAGGCAAUUCAAUAGGCACCUGUGAACAGAAACUUUUUAAAUGCAAGAAAAUUAGCUUAUUUACUAUGCUGAGUCGUCCAAUUGGCAUGCCUUGUCUCUACUUAUUUAGAUCUUCUCCAAUUACUUCCAUCUGUGUUUUGUAGUUUUUUAAUCAUACAAGCUCUGGGUAUGUUUUUCACUGUACUAAAGAUAUAAAUGGCAUUAAAAUUUGGGGGAAGCAUUUGCUCAUUCAAUGUAAAAAUAAAAUUGACUUUUUGUUUGUCUUGCAUCCUUGACUUUAAUGACUUCACUUACUAGUUCUCGAAGUUUUUGUUUUAUUUCUGUAUAUCACAUGGGAUUUUCUGCAUAGGAAAUUACAUCAUGCAAAGAUGAUUUUCUUUUUUACAUUAUAGUAGGCAUGCACUUUACUUUUCUUGCCUUAUUACACUGGCUACUUGUAGCCCUCUGUUGAAUAAGAUUGGGAAUGGUUUAUAUGUGAAAGGCUACUGGGUCUCGUCAAAUGCUUUUGUGAUAUAUAUAUAUUGUGUUUUCAUGUGCAGAUGCAUGUAUGUGCAUAUGGAGGCCAGAGAUCUAUGGGUGUCUUCUUUAGUUGCUGUCCACCUUUCUUUUUUUGAGACAGGAUCUUUCACUGUCUCAAAUCUUAAGUCUUUCUCUCCCUGGCUCAGUGACUCAGGGAGGCUGGUUGGGCAGUGAGUCAGCCUUUAUCUCCCUUCCUCCUCAGUGCUGUGGUUACAGACGUGUCUGUCAUUGCCAGGGACCCACACUCAGGUCCUCCGAGUGCACACCAACUGUGUCACAUCCUCAGACUCGAAGGUUUUUAUGCAUCAAUUAAUACAAUCACAUCUUCUUUGGCCUAGUACUAUAGUGGAUGGGUAAUAGUGGGGUUUUGAGUGUUGAACCUGUGUGGAAUAAAAUAUGCUUGUCACAUUAUGUAGUUAUUUUGUAUGCUGGGUUAUAUUUAAUACUUAUAAGGACUUUUGCAUUUUCUUUUUUUUAAAGUUUUUUGUUUUGGUAUCAGGUCAACAUCAGUUUCAUUGAAAACGUGGGAAGAGUUCUCUCUUCUUCCAUUUCCUAAAAGAGGUCGUAGAAAUCGGUUUUAACUAUUUAAGGGGCUGUUAAAAUUGGGGAUGGAGUUUUUAAAUUGUAGAUUUAAUUUCUGUCACAGUGCAGCACUGCUCAUUUAUCUAUUUCAUAUGGAGAAAAUUAAAAGUUUGUAUUUUGGAAUAUUUGUCCAUUUAAUCUAAGUUGUCAUAUUUAUGUGAGUAGAGUAGUUUUUGGAAACCUUGUGUUAUCUUUUUAGUAUUUAGAGGGUUAGUAGAGAUAGCCAUUAUAUGUCUGUUUUUUUUUUCUUCCUCCUUAAUGUCACCUUCAUUGGUGUUUUGCCUGCUUGUAUGUCUGCAUGAGGGUGUUGGAUCCUCUGGAACUGGAGUUACAGACAGUUGUGAACUGUCAUGUUGGUGCUGGGAAUUGAAUUGAACUGGAAGAGCAGCCAGUGCUCUUAACUGCUGAGCCAUCUCUCCAGCUCUAGAAUUAGGCAUUUCCUUAAUGGUGUCUCAUAGGUCUUAGAGGCUUCAGAGUUAUGUUGAACUCUCGAACUCUUAUUGUAUUGAAGUUUCUCUCUCUUUAGGUCCAUCAGUAUUUUGUCUUAUACUUGUUAGUAUGUCUGAGGUACUACGUGUGGCCUGCUGGCCUGUGAAGGCUGAAUCUGAGGGGGUGAAGGGCCUCUGGACUCAGCCAGGUGAUGACGAGAUGCUGUUCAUUUGUGGCCUCUUCAAAUAUGUCACUGUGGGCGACACAAGCACUGAGCAGCCUGGGCUGUUGGAUCUCAAAGACAAGGCCAAGUGGGAUUCAUGGAAUAAGCCGAACGGGACAUCCAAGGAAAGUGCUGUGAAAACCUGUAUGGAAAAGGAAGAGCUCAAGAAGAAAUACGGAAUUUAAAAGAGCAGCUUUGAUGGCCGGCCACACAUGUGAGCUGUGAUGACAUAAGGUCCUGUUUUUUUCUAAUGCAGAUGGUAUUUGCACUGAUAAAUUGGGGCCAGAAUUAAUCACUGAUCCUCCUCCUCUCUUUGUAGU